AUGCCCAACAACCCCGAAGGUACUCUUGUCUUCCCUUUCGAGUAUAGCGAGCACAGACUCCUCAGACCUCACUUCUUGGGCAAGUCAUCAAGCAAGGAUGACUUCGACCGUCUCAGCAGCUGCGCUCCCCACUUCGGUCGUCUUGCAGAUGAUGAGACUGAGCCUGAGUAUAUCUCAUACUUCAGACGCGAUAUGGAUGCUGCCCUCGAUGCAGGAAAGAACAAAGGCAAAUCCAAGGCCGCAAAAGAAGCAAAGCAGGAAGCACGUGUCCUCCAGCAGCAUAACAUGUACCGCCAGGUCGAACGCACUCAAGUCUCGCUCGGUCUUUCUCCACCAUCAUCAGCUGACCCUGACCUUGAUGUCAUCUACAUCGCCGUCGAUGUUGAGUCCUACGAACGCAACCACAACAUCAUCACCGAGAUCGGUUUCGCUACCUUGGACACCCGCGAUUCUAAGGGCAUCCCUCAUGGUGAGGCUGGCAAGGACUGGCACAAAUUUAUCCGCGCUCGCCACUUCCGCAUCAAUGAGUACAAGCACUACGUCAACUCCGAGUUUGUCCGUGGCUGUCCUGACCAAUUUGAAUUCGGCGAAAGCGAAUUCGUCGACUUGAAGGAUGUCCCCAGUAUGGUUGCUUCCUGCUUCAAGUAUCCCUACAGCGCGAGGAAUGCCAGAGACGCCACAGAAGAUGUUCAAGAGAAGCGCAACAUCAUCUUCCUCGGUCACGACACCAAGCAGGACGUCGCCUACCUUCACAAACUCGGCUACGAUCCCAACAAUCUGGCCAACGUGACCUUUCAGGACACUGUUGCCAUGUGGCGCGCUAUCACUAAAGAGCAGUCUGCUCGUGGUCUAGCUCACAUCAUGUAUGCCCUUGAGCUCGAGUCUUGGAACACACACAACGCCGGCAAUGAUGCUGUCUACACCGUGCAGGCCAUGAUCGGUAUGUGCAUCAAGGAUCUGGAGAAGAAGGCUGCCAAUGAGGAAGACGAUGGCGGUGUUAGUCUGCUGCCUGAGAAGAAGAUGGAUGUCGAAAAGGAGAUCAAGGAGAUCACUAAGAAGUUCGUUGAAUGGGACAUGUAA